AUAAUUUUCCCUCCCAAUUAAUCAAUUAUCCCCCUCUUUUCUUUUGCUAGCAAUGACAUAUCAACUUCUCAUUGAAAGUUUACAUCUACCCCACAUAAACCAAGUUUAUGUAAAGCAUCUCUCGUUUUCUUGGCCCAAUCUCUUGCUUAAAAGUUCAGAAAAUAUACACGGAAAUUGAUUUUGGCACACUAAAAUUGAUUAUGGCACACCUCUACGUGAAAGCACAAUAUUCUAUUCUCUUCUCAUAUAAGGGUGUGCCAGAAUCAAUUUCCUCCCAUAUACACGUGUAAACUCAACCGUCAAAUUUAAAUAAAAACCGAAAAAUAAAAAAAAAUGGAUUGCUGAUAAAUUCUCCGUUUGCCGGCGGUUGAAGAAAGUCGUUCACCAUUAUAUUGUGGCAACAUCCAUUUUCUCUCUAUUCUGUACAGAAAUGGCAACUUCUUCAUCACCUGAAAGUCUUCGCCGAACUCGAAUUCUUUCUAGUAAGCUCUACUUCGAUGUGCCUCUUUCUAAGGUGCCAGUGAUUUAUUCAUCGGCUUAUAAUAUUGCUUUCUUUGGAAUUGAAAAAUUGCAUCCGUUUGAUUCUUCAAAAUGGGGACGCAUAUGCCAGUUCCUUGCCUCAGAAGGUGUACUGGACAAAAAAUGUAUCAUUGAGCCUGAAGAAGCUUCUAAAGAGGACCUGUUAGUGGUGCAUCCAGAGAAAUACCUGGAUAGUCUUCAAAACAGUUUGACUGUUGCUAAAAUUAUGGAGGUUCCACCAGUUGCAAUGUUGCCCAACUGUAUCGUACAGCGGAAAGCACUAUAUCCAUUUCGGAAACAGGUAGGGGGAUCUGUUCUGGCUGCAAAGCUUGCAAAAGAACGAGGAUGGGCCAUUAAUGUUGGUGGAGGUUUCCAUCAUUGUUCUGCAGAUAAGGGAGGUGGUUUUUGUGCUUAUGCUGACAUCUCCAUCUGCAUUCACUUUGCUUUUGUUCAGUUAAAAGUAUCAAGGGUUAUGAUUAUUGAUGUUGAUGCACAUCAAGGGAAUGGUCAUGAAAUAGAUUUUGCUAAAGAUAAAAGAGUAUAUAUACUUAAUGUGUACAAUUCUGAAAUAUAUCCUGGCGAUUAUAAUGCCAGGAGGUUUAACGAUCAGAAAGUUGAAGUUGCAAGUGGGACCACAACAGAUGUGUACUUGAAGAAAGUGGAUGACGCACUCGAGGUUGCUAGAAGAAGUUUUGAUCCUGAGUUGGUGGUAUACAAUGCUGGAACCGACAUCCUGGAUGGAGAUCCACUGGGCUGUUUAAGGUUCUUGGCGCUUGUCCCUAAAAUUGGAUGGCUGGAGAUUAGCCCUGAUGGUGUAAUCAAGAGAGAUGAGAAGGUGUUUGCAUUCGCUCGUGAGAAGGGCAUUUCUAUAUUAAUGCUUACAUCAGGUGGUUAUAUGAAGUCAAGUGCUAGAGUGAUUGCAGAUUCGAUUAUCAAUCUCUCCCGGAAACAAUUGAUAGAUAUGUCAGGCACCCAAGGCACUGCAGGAACUGGAGGUCAAAUAUGAACCUCUGUGAACAAAUUACGGAAAGAAAAUAGUGUGUUAUAGCAAAAGAGACCCCUUUUGUAAAUAAUCUGGAAAGAAAAUAGUGUGAUUUACCAUAUUGUUGUAUCCGAAGUGCAAGGUAUUAUGUUACGUCAGAAAUUUAACCUGUUGUUAUUCUAACA